AUGGAUGAUCCGUUUGAUUCUUCAGUAAAUUUGGAGGAGACUCAUUUGAAAGAAGGGUACGACAAAGGCUACAAUGACGGCUUUGUUGCCGGCAAGGAGGAGGGAAAGCAGGUUGGGCUUAAGGUCGGUUUUGAGAUUGGUGAAGAACUCAGCUUCUACAGCGGAUGUAUCCACAUCUGGACAUCUGCCAUCCAGAUUGAUCCGAUGGCGUUCUCUUCCCGGGCCAAAACUGCUAUUUCCCAGAUGCAUGACUUGAUCCAAAAAUACCCUAUCAUGGAUCCUGAAGAUUUGCAGGUGCAAGAAAUCAUGGGAUCAGGCUCAAGUUCAAGAUGA